AUGCCAGCACACGCGGAUAGAAGCUCCGAACACGAGGCUGAUGUGAAUGAACCUUUGAGGAAGAAAAUGCUUCUCGAAGCCAACUGUACUGGGCUUCUUUUAGCAUGUAAGGGUGGAGUCGAAGCAACGAAUACAUCGAAAAUUCCCAUUGGUUCGAGUAUCGAGGCUGUCCCAAAGACAACAAUUGAAGUCGAAUUGCAGGACCCCGUAAUAUUGGAGCGUCUGAAAGGAACGAUUAAGUUGAAACUUCAGGGUUCAAUUACACAGGCUGUGAAAGGACUACUCAAUAUGGUGUCCCUGUCAAUUGAGGAAGUUAAUUGCUUGAAGAAAUUGACUCAAGAAUUACACAAGCGGAUUCGAAAAUUGGAAACUAUCUCGAGAAAAGUUGAGGCUCUUAUUGUUGAAAGCAUGCCCCCUCCUCCCAAACCUGUGGCAGCAGUGGCAGAUCAUCUGCUAGAACUAAACACUGUCGUCAUUUCACCGUCACAAUCACAACAACCCUCUGAGGAGACAACUGAAACGUCUACGACUGCAUACGUCUCUACUGGAACUUUUGCCGUGUCACCAUCUCUGCCCUCUUCUUCCCAUUCUCCCGUUCAGAUGUCACAUGUACUUCCUCCUCAAGUCUCCCAGCCGUCUUCUGACCCUACCGUAACCGCGGAUGUAACCUAUACUACCGCCCAUCUGGCUGUUGAGACGCCUCAGUCAGUUGUCUCUAUCGCGCCCCUGCCAACGUGCAACUUCUCGGUAUCGUCGUUUGAUGCGUUGUCCAUAUGUGUGCAGCCUCCUCUGUUACUUUCGAUUUCUGUGUCUUCUGAAGGUGAGUCGACAUUCCAAUUUCUAUUUUAUGUGUUUACUUUGAAGUCGAAUGGAUUAUUUGACGCUCUUGGGCGAAAAAGGGGUGUAUGCUAA